UGUUGAACAAAAUGUUAACAUUCUUAACUUAAGUGACAGCUGUUUUUAGUGUUUUAAUACACCCUCAGAUCACAAAGUUUGCUGCCAUUUACGUUUUUUUAGUGUUAGUUUUUAAUUGUUUGACUAGAAAUGUCGAAAUUGGUUUAUUUUUGGGUUAGUAAGAUUGGAAAUAUUUCCCCACUAUUUAGGUCUAGAAGUUCAAGUUACACUUUGAAGUGUUGUAGAGGACUUGCGUCGAUUUAUGGAACAUCCACGUUACCGCAGGAAAACGAGAAGGUUGAUGAUUUGGAAUUGGAGAAACAGCGUAUAAAAGAAGGAACUUUUAUUCGUCCAUUUUCUGACUUCUUGACUGAUACUUUUGGUCGACAGCACACAUAUCUGAGAAUAUCGCUGACUGAGAGAUGUAACUUAAGAUGCCAGUAUUGCAUGCCAGCUGAAGGGGUGGACCUGACGUCAAAAGAAAACUUGCUGUCUACGAGCGAAAUCCUCGAACUUUCCCGACUGUUUGUCAGACAGGGAAUCACCAAAGUGAGGCUCACAGGAGGAGAACCUCUGGUCAGGCCGGACCUUGUCAAUGUUAUUAAGGGACUCAAUGCUUUAAAAUCUGAAGGACUGGAAUCCAUUGCUAUGACAACAAAUGGAAUUACGCUGGCUCGUAAACUUCCACAACUGAAGGAAGCUGGUCUUGACUAUUUAAAUAUCAGCCUGGAUACGUUGAUACCAGCCAAGUUUGAAUUCAUCACGCGGAGGAAGGGAUUUGACAGGGUGUUGCAGGCAAUCGAUAAGGCACUGGAGUUGGGAUAUUCUCCUGUUAAGCUGAACUGUGUGGCAAUGGUAGGAACCAAUGAAGAUGAAAUUUGUGAUUUUGUUGCAAUGACUGAAAAUAAGAAUAUUGAUGUGCGGUUUAUUGAAUACAUGCCGUUUGGUGGAAACAAGUGGAACUUCAAAAAGAUGCUUUCCUAUCAGCAGAUGUUAGACAUGGUUAAAGCAAGGUGGCCAGAUAUGUACAAGUUACAGGACCAUCCAAAUGAUACCACCAAGGCGUACAAGGUUCCUGGGUUUGAGGGUCAGUUUGGGUUCAUCACCUCCAUGAGUGAACAUUUCUGUGGAACCUGCAACCGACUUCGCAUCACGGCUGAUGGUAAUUUGAAGGUGUGUCUCCAUGGCAAUGCAGAGGUUUCUCUCAGGGAUGCAUUAAGAAGUGGGACAGAUGAAGAAGAGAUGCUUAAUAUUAUUGGAGCAGCUGUCAAAAGGAAGAAAAAACAACACGCAGGCAUGCUAAACUUAUCAAAGAUGAAGAACAGACCCAUGAUUCUCAUUGAUUCAUAUUAUUCGGCUAGUAAUUUAUUUUAUUUAUCCCAGACUGUGAUAUCGCACAAAUGUUUUGAACUGCCAUGUUCAGUUUUACCAAAUGUUCUUUUACCUUCUCAUAUUCUAACAAGGAGCAAUAAUUUGAAACCGACUUUGCAUUCCAUUUUGAAGAAUGGUCAUAGUCUUUUAGAAGGUGAUAAGUCUUUCAUUUUUACCAAUGAGAUGUCUUCCAGGAAUGUUAUUUCUGUUAGACCAUUUAGUACCACAUCAUGGCAGUUAAAAUCAGGCAAGCAAAAUUGUACUGAAAACUUUCUUGUCAAAAAUGGUAAGAGAACAAGAUGUUGUGAUGGUGAAAAUCACUUGUUGUGUGUGAAUGAUCUGACACACUAUUGGGAGACGGACAGAAGGGAGAUAACUGAACUGGAGGAAUUACACCACAAACAAAAUAAAUGGGAAGAGGAUAACAAUGAAAGCAACAUGUCUGAUGACAGCAUGAAAUACUGGGAGACUAGCAGAAAGCAACGACUUCAAGAACAAAUGACUAUUGAAGAUGCUGAUACAGAAAACUGUAAUGGCCGAGCAGAAUACAAGUUCCCUUUUGAUCUUUUGUCGGCAUCACUUGGCACAAAUUCUUCAAAAUAUCAUCAGUCUGAUGGAGGUAAGACAGAACCACGUUUAACUCACACCGAUGACCAGGGCAAAGCAAAUAUGGUCGACAUAGGAUUUAAAUCAGACACACAACGUACAGCUGAAGCACAGGGAAUUGUCUUCCUUGGAAAGGAAGCUUUUCGUUUAGUGAAGGAAAACAAAAUGAAGAAAGGGGAUGUAUUUUCUGUCUCACAACUUGCAGGAAUCAUGGCAGCAAAGAAAACGGCAGAAUUGAUUCCACUUUGCCAUAACAUUAAUUUGUCGAAAAUUGAUGUCUCGUUGACUUUGCUGGAAGACAGUGAGUGUAUCCUUAUAAAAUCCAGAGUGAAGACAUAUGGUAGAACUGGAGUUGAGAUGGAGGCUCUGACAGCGGUAUCUGUGGCGGCACUCGCAGUUUAUGACAUGUGUAAGGCAGUAACAAGGGAAAUGGUCAUCAGCGAUGUUAAAUUAGUAUCAAAAACUGGUGGACAAAGGGGAGAUUACUUGAUCAAUGACAAGAAGCUGACAGGGCAGUAAAUGUGUAAUGCGGUUUUCUUUGUUAAACAUGUACAUGUAUACUUUCAGAGCUUGUUUUGUUUUAAACAUCCAUUUUGGUGUGAAACUGUCUUGCAGCAGUUGGAUACAGUUAAAUAUAUUGUCUUUUGCACUCAUUCAAAAGAUACAACAGCAGUCAAUAAAAUGCUAUGUGAUAGAUCAUUUAGUUUACAUGUGUGUUAAUCAUCUUUAUUGGAUGGUUCUCAGACAUUUACCUGUAAUAUCUACCUCUACAACUUUGUUGUUUCAUUUUAUAGUGGAUAAGUUGUUAUUUACUUGUAAUGAGAAAACAUAGUUUAAUUACAUAUCUGUGUGUAUAGUAAAAAAAAAAAAAACUAUAUAGUAAUUUGGUAGAAUUUGAUAACCAAUUUGUUGCCUCCGUGUAUAAGCCGACUUGACUCAAAAAUCGGCUAAUACACGACAAUAUACAGUAAUACAUUCAAAGUUAAUAAUUUGCCCUAUGAAUAAACUUGUGUAUCAUUUAAGUUUAAUUAAAUGUCAAUGAAAAGUGAA